UGUACCGAUCGCUGUCAGAGUCAGAGGCUGACCACAAUUUGUGGUUGGCGAUGAAGGAGAAUUGGCACCACCGGUUGGGUCGCAGGACCGCUGCUGGUGGUGGUGGUGGUAGGCGUUAAUGGCGUGGCGUCACCAUGAGCAGUCGCUGGCGUUUGUCGACCAGAAGCGGGGCGAGGAAGUGGGGAUUCGGCUCUGGAGAAGGACGGAUCCUUGUGUGAUACAGCACGCGAGGCAUCGGAUCUUGCCUUGGUUUCGUCAAUGGGCGAUCCGAUCUGAGCAAGACGAACACCAACACGAACCAAUCGCCGGCGGCAAAGCGGCGGCGGCCUGUUUUUCUUUUUUAAUCAAAGCGGCGGUGUGGCUUUGUAGAGGGCGCGUCUCCUUUUCCUUUUCCGACUAGAAUAAGGUUACUCGGCGCUGGAGAAUUUUCUUUCCAACGGGGCCCACUUCCCAGUCAUUUUUCCACUGGAAAGUCACCCGCCGUCAACGCCACUCGCCGCCGCGGCCAUCUUGCUGGACGGCGGCUUCUCCCUCGCCCUCCAUCCUACCUCCCUCGCUACCAUCAUCUUUCCCUAUCCCACCAUCACCAUCACCUCACUCGUCGGAACCAGUAACCACCCCGUGCGCCCUCUCCUUGGGGCGCCGCCGUCACCCUCACCCUCUGCCCCCUCCACCGCUACAGCUCUCCGCUGGCUGGACACGGCAGACCCGGCUUGUUGGCACCCAAAUCAGGCCGCUGUAGCACGGAUCUGUUCGGAUCUGCUUGCCGGACUCACGGGAUGCCACCCGAUUAACCCUCCGUACGUUGUCUUCACCGCCUCCUCCGCCGGCCCAUUCUCCGGAAGCUCGGGACCCUUCUUCUCCGGUGGCUCGGUCAGGCUGCCUUUGCCUCCUCGCUCGCUCUCAGCCGUGCUCUGGAUCUUGUUUGAUCUCUUCGUGAUCAGGUCCCUCUGAACAAGCCUUGACUGCCUAGAGUGCUUAAGCCAAAGAUCUCCAGGAAUGCAAUUUAUGCUAGGCAAAAAAGAAAAUCGUUGAUCGCUUGAGGCUUCUUAAAAAAAAGCUGGAUGUAACACAUGCAAUGGAAGCACAGGUACUAGUACUCCUGUUUUGAACGCUUGACAACAUGUUCACCCGACCCGAAGCGACCCAACAAUUAAUCCGGGCCAUUACGACAUCCAUCCGUCGAGAAGGCCAACAGGUAUAGUUUCUUCGUAUUCUGCAUUGACUGAUCCUCGUCACCUGUUCGUUUCCAUGGGUAAUUAAUCGACCAGGCCAUGCACAACCGGGUGCUAUAAAUCUGCACCACCCCACGGUCUUCUCACACGGCAAAAAGAUCUUCCGUCUCCAGCCUUUCUUAGUGAAAAAAAUACAGUGUCCACCCUCUCGCAAUGGCAUUGGGAGCCAGCAUGACCGAUGCUGCGCGACGGUUUCCGCACGAUGGUCACCAUAGGCAGCGACGACUGCAUCCGAUCCGGCAUGUGCGCCGUCGGCCGAUAUGAGUGGGAGAUAUGUGUAUACCCUGCAUGGACGGCGGGCAGCCCCGAUGGCGAUAAGUGGGUGGCGCUGCGCCUUGUCUUGCUAAGCAAACCCAACACCCCUGCUGUGAGGGCCAAUCUACGCUGCCAGGCGGUGAAUCCAAAUCUGUGGUACGAAACCCCAGUGAAGAAACAGCCGGGAGUAUUCGGGCGUCCCAAGAAUUCUACACCGUUUGUUUACCUCGUCUCGGUGAGUGAUGUUCAGAACAAGGGCUAUCUCGCUGCCGAUGCUUUGACCGUGGAAUGCACCAUCACGGUGCUCAAGGAGUCGCCGGCGCCGACUUCUCCGGCGAAAGAGAUGCCCGUGCCAUCGUCCAACUUGCACAAGAACCUCGGUGAUCUCCCGCAGACCGAGAUGGGGGCAGAUGUCACUUUUCUCGUAUCUGAUGAGUCUUUUGCUGCGCAUAAGAACAUACUUGCCGCGAGAUCCCCUGUUUUCAAGGCACAGUUUUUUGGAGAGAUGAAGGAGAAGGUGUCUCAAGAUGUUGUGGUUGAUGGUAUGGAGGCAGCAGGCUUCAAGGCCAUGCUUCACUUCAUCUACACCGACACUGUGCCCGAGCUUGAGCAAGGGCUCGAGGCGGUGAUGGCUCAGCAUCUUCUUGUGGCAGCUGACAGGUAUGGACUGGACAAGCUCAAGAUGUUCUGUGAAAACAAGCUCUCCAGUGGCAUCACCGUUGACACGGCGGCGACGACUUUGGCCUUGGCGGAGCAGCACAAUUGUUUACGUCUCAAGGCCAGCUGUGUCGAGUUCAUCGUUAGCACACCUGAAGUUAUUGACGCUGUCUUGGAGACGGAGGGGUAUAUGGAUUUGGCUGCAAGCUGUUUUUUUGUGUGGGUAGGCUGCAAGCUGUUCUUCUGUGCUGGCAGAUCUUCUCAAGUCUACGCGUGGGAGAAAUAAUUGAUGGGUUGCUGAUGAAUGUUUUGUACUAGUAACUUGUGUUUCCCUUUAAUUAGUGUGACGUAAUUUACCGCUAAAAUGUUCAGGAUUGGCUAUCUGUUUCUAUGUGUGACAGUGUGAGUUCUUCUCUUUUGGAAUAAAACAGCUCCGCCUCCUGCGCCGUCUCUGCGGCAGGUGUUGGCAGAAAAAAAAGGGGGAGAA